AUGUCCGCCGAGGAAAAUAACAAAGUCAGAUUUGAAAGAUUACGCCUUGUUGCCAGAAAAGCCUUGGAACAACUGAUUAAGAAGUCUUUGACUAUGGAGCAAGUAAAGACAUGCUUUCCAACACUAGUAGCCUCUCCAGAUGGGGUCAGAUCACUCGAAUUGGCUCUUUCACAAAUGUCUGGGUUUUGGCAUUCAAACUCAUUGGAUGAAUUUGAUCUAAUAUACAAAGAAAAAGAUAUUGAGUCUAAAUUAGAUGAGUUAGAUGAUAUAAUACAGAAUGCUCAACAGGCGAAAGACAGUGGGAAGGAACCAAGCAAUAUAGAUCAGCUUUCACCUUUAGAAAUUGUUGAUUCCACGAUUGUUAGUAACAGUAAAAACGUCUUGGAUAGUCUUCAAAUGAUAUAUGACCAAUUAUGUCUCGAUAAUGCCGAGCUAUAUACUGAACUUUCGGAUCUUACAAAAGAAAGCACCAGAAUCAAUAAUUCCAUAAAAUCUGGUAUUGAACAAUUAAACAAGGAGGCCAAUAAUGUUGAGCUAGAAAAAGCGGGAAUUCAAAUCGACAAAUUAAUAGAUAUUCUUGAAGAAAAAUGA